AUGGACUUCGAUUCGAGCAGCGAUGGGAGUGCGUACGGCGACAUCCCGACGCGUCCGAUGCGUGUAAAGGUGCUCUACUCCUUCGAUCAAGACAAGACCAAUUGUCUGGCAAGAUUUCCGAAUACAUUGCAGAUACCGGCCGUGGCCAUCGAUGAGAGCUCGCAAGUGGGUGUUAUAGAGCUGCAACAGUGCAUCCAGGCGAUAGUCACUGCCUCCCCAGAAAUCGUGUCACGACUUACCGACGGCGACUUCACCGUCUAUGCAUUCGACUACAGCGAACCUGACACACCGCUGGUUGGUCAGGGUAUGCUCUCUGUUGCAUUGGCACAGACAUCCGCUCCCAUCACCUCCAAGAAGGUCAUGAUUACUGGACGUGUUUGCAAGAAUCUGCCAGCUUUGUUCAGCAAUGGUGUUAAGGAAACUCUGGAGGUGAAGCUGCGUCUGGCACCCGUGGCAAAACCAACUACGACUGUAAUGACCAAGCCCAGUACUCCAGCAACAUCAGCAGGUUUUGAUCCGAAUGCAUGGAAUGCAUCUGUCAACCAGUCUCGACCUUCGCAACUCACCAGCAGCUAUUUCGAUUUCGACGCAAGCCAGUCUGGGACGGACAGUGGCAUGGCACUAAUGGACGAGAUGUUCGGGUUGGGAGGCGGGACCAGCGGGAGCUCAAGCGGACAACAGACAGCUGGGUGCGUGGGCAUCGCUGAGACCCCGAAUGAGCCGACUUUUGGUAUCAGCCCCGCAUUCUCUCAUAGCGCGCCAGGCAGCCGAGCUGGGAGUCCUAUGAUGGGUUUUGAUUCCGACAUCCAUAACGACCAAUUACGUCACAAUAGCUUCUCUGUUCAUGCUCCAACAUUUGCGGAUCAAUCUCGGCCCGGCUCACGUGCCAGCGUUCGAAGUGAAGUUCGUCCAUCUCAACAUCAACGCCAAGCAUCAGUGCAGUCUCUACCACCUCAGGCCCUACAAUCACAAUCUGAGCAAUAUUUCAACGAAGAUGGACAGCCACGGAAGCGUGCAAAAGUCACGCAAGCAGACUGGCGCGGUCGAUCAUCCUUCGGCGCGAAGUCUGCUGACUUGCGCGUUACUGCCGCCACUGCGCAUUCCGUGCAGAUGCAUCGUCCUGUACCAAGAAGACCUGGUAUGCCCGGGAACGACCUCGAGCCGCCUCCCCGCGUGCCUACACCCGUGCCUCAGAUGCAUCCGAUAAUGCGCCAACAACAAAGGCCAUCGCGAAGUUUUCUUCGACAAGCAUCGACCAUGACUUCUGAUACAGACAAUCUGUCGGAUGCUGGGCAAUUCUCAGAUGCACUCAUUAGCGAUGAGGAGUCUCCUAAUAUGAGUAACACUGCAGAGAGCACUCCGCAAAAUAUGCCGUCAUCGCCUCCUGUUCCCAUGGGCCCAAGCACUGUAGAGCCUAGUAGUCCUGGUCUACCAAUGCUGCCCACGAACCGCAUGCUUGAUAGUGGAUACAUGAGCGAGCGUGGUAUACGCAGUGGCAAUGUGGCGGAGUGUGAUGAUGAGGACGACGAGAACCGUAGCCCUACUGCGGAAGACUUGGAGAUGGCAGCACAGUAUCAUGCGCGUGGUAAACAGGCGGCCAUCAAGAAGCAAAGUGCAGAACCUACAGCAGCUGCGCCUAGUGAGUUUGGUUUCAGUGAGAUGAACGUGGAACUGGAGACGCCAGGAGACAUGGAUCAGCUGCCGCAAAGGAUGCUCAUCAAUAUGCCGCCUGGGCGAAACAGGCAAGGCAGUCAAGGACCAAAACCACUUAAAGCCUCAGCCAGCUCCAAGAUUUACACUACGACCUCGACCUCGGCCGGUACGGCGACUACCGAACAGGCUCAAAGGCCAUCAAUGGCGGCAAGCAGGCGAAGCUCUCUUGCUCUCCCAACAAAUAGCCAUGCUACAGCUUCAUCAGAGCAGGAUCAGCGAGCCAGCCUGAUGCCGGAGCAGCGCCCUACCCUCAACAAGCGCAAGAGCACAAAGCGGUCACGAGCCGAGCUACAAGGCUCGGAAGCAGGCUCGCCAGCACCGAGUGACACUGAAGGGCGACCCAAAGGUUCUCGGAGAUCUGGUUCUGGAGCGCAGCGCCGUAUCAUCAUACAGCAACGUCUCGAGGCCUCUCUUGCCAAUGGUGAAACGCCGACGUUCUGUAGCCACUGUGGUGCUAUCGAGACACCAACUUGGCGCAAGCUGUAUGUCAAGCACUGCGAUGGUGAGCCUUCGCCUCUCGAUAAAGCUGAAGGAGAGGGUGAGACCAUUGGUGUGGAAGAGACUUCGUUUGAUCCGCAGACUGGUGUUGCGACAGCUUUCGUCAUCCGCAAAAGUAUGAAGAAGACUAAGGAGUCUACCCCUGGCGAGGGUUUCAAGGAUACCGUUGUCUGUAAUCCUUGCGGGCUUUGGUUCAACAAGUUCAGAAGUAUGCGUCCACGCGACAAGUGGAAUCGCAAGUCAACCCGAAGGAUUAGCAAGAAAGCAAAGGGUACUCCCGGUGGUGAUCUGAUGACUGACGGACUUGAGCCACCUUCGGAAGCAUUCUUCACUGAUCAGGUUGAUCCUGACGACGCCUCUGAGGAAAACCAGGACAUGGGGAGUGCUCAAUUUGAUGGUGCAGCGAGCAACCCCCCUCCGAAGCCGACCAUGGGUCAGAGACCGAGGGCUAACAGUCUUCAGACUCAGACUCGACGUCAGAGUGCUGAUGGCCCAAACGCCUCUCAGCUUGACGCUGCUCUCGCUCGCGCUGUGCAGUCCAGUCCGGCCCCAUUUCGUGGAUCUCAAGCCUCGCCGAUCGAGGUCGACGAACUGACCCCCAGGCCGACUCGACGACUACUCUUCCCGUCACCGCGUCGCGACGGCGAGGUCAAGAGUCUGGACGACAAUGGUCAAGCCUCCUUACACGCCACACCAUCAAGUACCAAAGGCUCUGCUGCGAGAACGCUCAACACUUUCGAUUCGAAAACACUACCCGACGGUGGCAUCGAAGUCAACAUCUUCGAAGCCUUCACCUUCGACAAGGAGAACCUCGAGCCCGGCAUGGAACUCGACGCAGACCUCAUGCACCUCUUCGAAGGCUCUCCACAAUACACUUUCAAAACCCCAAGCAAGAAGACUCCCCGCAGCAAACCCCACACCACCCCUCCUCGCUCCUCACAACGACAAUUCGAGCAACUCCUCAAGACUCCCACACCAGGAAGCCGCAAACGCAAACCACUCUCCCCCAACCCCAACGCGGCUCUCAAUCCUCAUGUAGCAGCAGCAGCGCAAGGCGCAAUCAACGACUUCAUGACCUCUCCUUCCUCAUCGCGCUACUUCCUCCGCUCAACACCCAGCCGCGUGGAGCGUACACCCGGCGGCGGGCGUAACACAGCUCACAGCAGUGGUGGGCGAGCCGCAGACAUGACGCCCUUUUCCCGCUACUUGGCGCAGAUGGCUACUGAGGGUGGCGCGGGCGCUGCGGCAGCAGGUUCGGCGUUCAUGACGAGUCCUAGUCGCGCGCUGGAUUUCAGUGACUUGCCCGGUGGUUUCGGAAGUGGGUCGCCAGGGAUGGGCCAGGGAAUGGAUUGGAGUGGGAUGGAGGAGAUUUUGAGUAGUGAGUUUGCUGCUUUCGAGGGUAAUGGUGGUGCGGGGCAAGGCAGUGGUGAGGAUACGCAGGCUUGA